AAGAGGGCAGGGGCGAGUUGGUAAACAAGCUCCGCGCCUCGUGGUGCCACGGGGCGGGUGUCUGGGGAACAGGCAGUCGGGGUUGGGAGCGGCGCCGUGCGGGCCGAGUGCUGGAGGUGAUCAGUCAUGGCAGGUGAUGCCAUCAUGAUGGUGCGAGGGCUGACAAAGCUCAGUAAGGCAGUCCUAGAGACACAGGCAGGACAGCUACGACAAGUAAUCCUUGGUGGAGAUGCAUUAACCAUAGCCCGAAGCUUUCAGGCAGUUGCAGAGGAACAGUUCAGUGCUGCUAUGGGGAAAAUGCAGGAACUGGGCAAACAACAGGAAAACUUGAAAGAUAUUGGUGAAGACUUUGGAAAAGAAUAUAACUUUUCAGAAUCGGAGCUGGGAGGCAUUACAAAGGACUUCUCUUCUGCUCAAGACCAGCCUCACAAGCACAGUGGUACAGAGGGCCCAUCUUAUUCUUAUGAUAUCAAAGGACCUGUUCAAAGUGGUGGGAGUGGAGAUGCUACUGCAAGUCAAAAUCCCAUUUCUGGCAAAAUAAAUACAAAGCUAUUUGAAGGCUUUAGGAACCCUGGGAAUCCUUUCGCUCUUGUCUUUGGCCAAAUCAGGCCUUUUCACCAAGACCAUUCCCCUGUUGGUGGAUUAACAGCUGAAGACAUUGACAAAGCCAGGCAAGCUAAAGCAGGUCCACAGCAAAAGCCUCACAAACAGAUGCUCAGUGAACGUGCCCGAGAACGAAAAGUGCCUGUUACUCGAAUUGGAAGGCUUGCUAAUUUUGGAGGCUUAGCUGUUGGUCUUGGCAUUGGAGCAUUGGCAGAGGUUGCAAAGAAGAGUCUAAGAUCUGAAGAGCGCAAUGGAAAGAAAGCUAUUUUGGAUUCCAGCCCAUUUCUCUCUGAAGCAAAUGCUGAAAGAAUUGUGAGUACCCUGUGCAAGGUUCGAGGUGCUGCACUGAAACUGGGACAGAUGCUGAGCAUUCAAGAUGAUGCUUUCAUCAACCCACAACUCCAAAAGAUUUUUGAACGCGUUCGGCAGAGUGCAGACUUCAUGCCUUUAAAGCAAAUGAUAAAAACGUUGAACAAUGAUCUUGGCCCUAACUGGCGUGAUAAAUUGGAGUCUUUUGAAGAGCGACCUUUUGCUGCAGCUUCUAUUGGACAAGUUCACUUAGCUCGUUUGAAGAACGGCAAAGAAGUUGCCAUGAAAAUCCAGUAUCCAGGAGUGGCCCAUAGCAUUAACAGUGAUGUCAGCAACCUGAUGACUGUCUUGAGUAUGAGCAAUGUUCUUCCAGAAGGUCUUUUCCCCGAACACCUGAUUGAAGUAAUAAGGAGAGAACUGGCCCUGGAAUGUGAUUACAAGAGAGAAGCUGCCUGUGCCAAGACGUUCAGGGAGCUGCUCAAGGACCAUCCCUUCUUUUACGUCCCUGCUGUGGUAGAUGAGCUGUGUGGUCAGAGUGUCCUUACAACAGAACUCGUGCCGGGGUUUCCACUGGAUCAGGCUGAAGAUCUAAGCCAGGAAAUUCGGAAUGAGAUCUGCCAUAACAUAUUGGUUUUGUGCCUGAGGGAGCUGUUUGAGUUCAGGUACAUGCAGACUGAUCCAAACUGGUCGAACUUUUUCUAUGACCCAGAAUCGCACAAGGUGGCACUUCUGGAUUUUGGAGCAACACGUGGCUUUGAUGAGAAGUUCACAGAUACCUACAUAGAAUUAAUCAAAGCAGCUGCUGACAUGGACAGUGAGAGAGUGCUAAAGAAAUCAGUAGAAAUGAAAUUUUUAACUGGCUACGAAAACAAGGCUAUGGAAGAUGCUCACUUGAAUGCUGUCCUUAUUCUUGGAGAAGCUUUUGCAUCCCAUGAACCUUUUGAUUUUGGGUGUCAAAAAACCACCGAAAAGAUACAUGGAUUAAUCCCAGUCAUGUUGAAGCACAGGUUGGUCCCUCCACCAGAAGAGACCUAUUCUCUUCAUCGGAAAAUGGGUGGCUCUUUUCUCAUAUGCUCCAAGCUGAAGGCCAAAAUUCCAUGCAAGAAUAUGUUUCAAGAAGCCUACAGUAAAUACUGGAGUAAAAAGACCAAAAGAGAGUAGUGGCACAAAAGAACUAUUAAAUAUUAUUGUCUUAUGAAUAUGGCCCAAUCAUCAACCUCUGGCACACCACAAUAUUAUUUCUUCCCUCUCACGCCUCCAGAAUUGCUUUAGCAAUGCAACAGAUGACCUUCUGGAAGCAGAAUAAUUUUGAGGAAAUUGUCCUUUUGUUGGGUACAGUUCCUCUCAACAUUCUCACCAGAUUUUAGGUGUGUAUCUUAUUUUAUAAAAAAUAAUAAUAGUGGUUUGCUAGUUUAGAAGAUGUGGAGGCAAAAAUGAACUACUGUGUUUCAUACUGCCCUAGACCUUGGCGAUCUUUUUCAUAUUUUAACAUUGGUAGCUGAGUUGACUUUUUUUUAAGAAAAAAAAUAUUGAGGUGGAACAUAAAUCAAAAUGAGCUGGCAUAGAAAUUUAUUUGUACUUCUUGAAAUGUUAUUUUCCUCAUCUUCAAGAUUUUUUUCCAGUUUCCUUCUAAUGUUGAAAGACUUUCUUCUGCAGUUUCAUACUGUAAAGAAUAGAAUGCCAACGUAAUUUACAAUAAAACCUUAUUUUUGUAUGAUAUUUGGUGGGAGUCUGUAAUGUCUGAGAUUUUCUUAUAGAACAGUGUGAAAUAUAUAUAUGUGGAGUCUCUGGUGCUCAACAAAACAGGAUUUUAAAGAAUCUGAAACAAACAGUUCAUUGGUAUAUGUAGAACAUCUUACCUUGAAAUUUGGUUGCUUAUCUUUGAUUCUUUUGAGCUAUAAGUAGAAGGAAUGUAUCUCAAAAAUUGGGUUUGCUCGUUAAA